AUGGAGCGCCGCCGGCCCGCGCGCCUCGACCUCGCCGACCCCAUGACCAAGAGCGUGCGGCGCCGCGACCGCCCGCGAGAGAGAUGGCUCCUCACUCGCAAGACCUGGAAGUACAUGUCCGACGCCGGCCGCCGGCUCAUCCCGGACGGCGCACAGAACCGCGCGGACGACGUGCCGAGGAUCGAGGCCUACUUCCAGGAGGUGUGUCAGAGGGAGCCGCGGUUUCUGCUCUGGAGGAAGAGCUCCUACCCGGGAGUGCUGCCGAAGCCCCGACGUAAGAAGAGAGCGCGCGGUGGCUCCGUGAGGGCUCGCUCGCCGUCCGAUGACGCCCCGCCUCCACCCACGAGGCCCACCGAUCUCUAUAUUCCUCACACUUCGGGUGGCCGCUUUGAUAUCGCUAAGCUACGGCGAGAUUUUUUCGCAGCGCCUCCCCCUUCUCCGUCCUCCGCUGGAUUUCCUUCAGUCGGUGGUACUUUUAAUACUAAUAAUAGUGCUAUUAAGAAUGGAUGCCCGCAUCCGUCUAUUUCCGAGGAUGAUGAGGGAGUUUUAGUAGAUUUACUACGUAAGUACCUGAAAGUUGAAGAUGCUAGGGAUCCACCUCGUGUGUCAGAGUCUGAGGAACUUAUCCGAGCUCUGCGUGACUACCUCAAGCGUCUGUCGGAACGUGAGCCUACAGAUUCCGAUACGGAUCCCACGCGAAGAAUUCUUCGUGAAAACCUAGGUAGGUACUACCACCGUUCUUCCAAUAGAGACAAUACAGUGCAAGAUUUAUUGAACGAUAAAAAUUUGUUGAAAAACCUGUACCAUGACCUUCGUAAACCGAAGCCUUAUCGUGGUGGCAGGAGUGGCGGUGGUCCGAGUUCGCUCGGGCCUAGUAGUGGGUUUAGUGCAUCUAGUUCACGUAGCGUGUUUUUUGGCCGAAAUUUUGGUGGUUCAAAGUUUAACGAUGAGAACUGUUCAUCACCACCAAUGUCUCCUCCGCCUCUUAUCGAAGUUUGCGGGGAAUCGAUGGAGGAUAAACUCGUCGACGUUGGAACACAAACACUUCCCAUACCUGAGGAGGUAUUACAGGAGCUGGAACGAAAUUAUAGAGAGAAGUUGGAAGCAGCUACGGCCCCGACGAGUCCAACGAGUCCACCUCCCGAGAGAAGACCUCGGCGACGUUCCAGCGUGGACCACGACGACGUCUCGCAAUCAGUCAGCGACACCAUCAAGCGGUACUUGAGGAUGGCGCGCAAAAAGAGCGUGGACGCUGAAAAGACUGAUCGCUUCAAGCGUAUAAACUAUGAUAAGAACUUACGCAACAUAAAACCUCGUCAGCCGGGUGACGUUGACGACGACGGGCCUCACAAGGGCUGUCAAACGGAUGAGGCUUGGAUAUUAACUUAUAGAGACUUACAGUUCGCGUCUGUAGCAUCAACCCCGACCUCUCCACCAUCGCCGUCUCAGUCGCACUCUUUUCUGUCAACCCUGUUGGGUCGGAAUGCAUCAAUGGCUCCUAAUGCAGGUGGCAUGCAAAAGUCUCGGUCUUCGAGCAGCGUGGUGCAGAGCGUCAGUAAGCGGCUCUGGCGCACGAGGAGCCGGUCAUCAAGCCGCGUCGCAGCGUCAUGGACGCCUCAGGGCAGUUGUUGCUGGACAGACGGCGCCGGGCGCUGCGUGAAGCUCACGGAUACCUCACUGCUGUCUCUCACGGAGGUUGAGAGGAGGGCGCUGCAGCAAGCGGCAUUGGCCAGGCUACAGCAGCUCAACCUUGGAACUACUAUUAAGAUACCUGAGGAUAACACGUCAACAGUAGCGACUAAGCCGAAACGUCGCGCCUACCUCCUGAAAAGAAAAGCGCUCACCACUGGCUUCUUCGAUCAGCGACCUAAGGACGCUGAGAAAGAGAAAGAGUCCACUGGCAGUGUUUUCGGCGUGCCGUUGUCUCAAUGUGUGGAAACAGAACGAGCUCUAAGGAGACAGCAUGGAGGUUCCAGGGCCUCGCUGGCUUCCAUUGGAGGCUUGGAGAAAGGAGACGAUAGUGAAUCCUGCGACUCUGGUGAGUGGGGCUGGUCAGGAGUGGACGAGGGUAACGGAGGCCCGAAGGUUCCUGCUUUAGUAUCUUCAUGUUUGUCCCACCUCCGAAGACACGGCCUCGAUACACUCGGUCUGUUCAGAGUGUCCGCCUCUAAGAAGAGAGUUAGACAGCUUCGUGAAGAGUGGGAGCGAGGUCAGGAGGCAGCUUUAGACGCCGCUGUAUGUCCGCACGACGUAGCCACAUUAUUGAAGGAGUUCCUCAGGGAUUUACCAGAUCCAUUGCUGUGCAGGGAUCUUUAUCCCGCAUUUCUACAGACACAAAAGAUCCGUAACCGUCGUCUUCAGUGGGAGGCGCUCCGUCUGAUCGUUCAGCUCCUGCCGGCUGCUCAUCGCGACACUCUCAGCGCCCUGCUGGCGUUCCUCUCACAACUAGCGUCACACGCGGGUGACGAAGACACUCCUGGUAACAAGAUGAACGCCGCUAACUUGGCCACCAUCUUCGCACCAAAUAUACUACAUAAGAACAAACCCAACGAAACCGCUAGUGCGGAGCAGUUAUCAGAGAGAGCUGACGUCAUCAACGUGGUCCGUACUUUGGUUGAGCGACAGAAUGAGUUGUGGUCGCUGCCUGCGGAACUACUACAUGAGGCCUACAUACAUCUCGCACACCACGCACCGGCUGGGCUUGACGCACUGCUGCUUAGGAGGGCCGAAACAGCAGCAGAAAAUGAAAAGGCCAAUGCAGAGGGCGCUAAACGUCUUUGGUCUCGUGAGAGUUUCCUCCACGCGGCCGCUAACACUGUGCCCGCUGUCUCAAGCAGGAGUAGUGUGACGGAGGGCGGGAGGGCGAGAGACUCGGAUGCUUCAUCCGCAUCACUGUCUUCUGCAGUCAUGCUGAUGACCAGGUUACGCAGCAGCGAGGAACGUGCCAGUAGCGGUGUGAUGACUCACAGAGACUCCGCACCGGACUCAAACGACUCGAGCGACUACAACGAGGUGGGCGGAGUGUCUGAAGACGAGCUGGUGAUCACAGCGUCGCUCCACAUCCCCGCUCUCCGCCGUCGCUCGGUUUCCUCUUCUAAGCGGGACUCCGCUGUGGGUUCUUCAUCAUCAGCGGCGUCUCCAUCAUCAUGCUCGCCCCCCUCCUCCCCGCCGCCCCGACCAGCCCGGGACAUAGACCGCCUCGUGGGGCUCUCGCGUGAACGGAACACUUCAGACUCCCGCGCGGCGGUCGUUGGCAGAACUCAUGAAGAAGUGACAGUGUCCAGAAGCACACGCGUGUCACGACAGGAACAUACCGUACGACGAGAAGAAGUCAUAAGAAGAGAAGACCAGAAUACGAGGAGAGAAGACCAGAACACGAGGAAAGAAGACCACAACGCCAGAAGAGAAGGAACGAUGCUUUACAAGAGAGGUGAACUCAUCUCAAGCGCAAGAACGCCGCCCGCAUGA